GACCGACGUCCCCUUCCUCUCUCCGUCGUCGCCCUCGUCGUCGGAGAGAUCGGCUGAGGGGGGGAAGAGUCGUGGAGGUGAAUGCAGAUGGGGUCGGCUGCGACGGAGGUCGGCCUGGAUCUUAAGCUCUUCGCCAUGAGGAGUGCCGGCGGCUUCCUCGAGGAGGCUGCGGCUGCUGUCGACGGCGGGGUGGCCAAGUUGGAGGAGUCGGUGAGGAGCUUGCUGGAGGAGCGGAAAAAGAUCGAGGUUUUCAAGCGCGAGCUCCCCCUUUGCAUGCUCCUCCUCACCGAAGUGAUUGAGCUGUUGGGGAAGGAGCUCGAACGCUGCCCGGGAGAGCGACUCAGGCACAGCUUCAAGGAAUUCAUAUCCAUUCGGAGCGAUUGCGAAGAGGAGGGUGGGAAUGGGAUGAAGCUUGAAGCAGAUUGCAAGGAUAAGACACACUGGAUGAGCUCCGCCCAGCUCUGGAGCCCUAAUUCUACCGCCGACGACAAGGUCGACGAUGAUGGCAAAAGUAUCGCGGAUGAGAGAAAUGGAAGGUCGGAACUCAUGGAGGAGAAGGAGAUCGAUUGCUCGGAGUCCCAAAGCUACCAUUUUGCGGACGGAUUCUUGCCGUUUAAGAGCUCAAAGGAGGCGUCGAAGCCCUCAACGACGCCGUGUGAUCUCUCUCUUCUAUCACUCCCCGCCGUCAAGGGUUCUGCCUUCCCCAUCUCGGUCGACGAACACUCCGACAGUGGCUCCGGCGCCAAGCACUCCAACAGAGCCCCACCGGCAACCGGCGGCGCGCACCUUAGCUUGCAAUUGCAGCAUCCGCCGAGGAAGACGAGGCGGUGCUGGUCGCCGGAGCUGCAUCGCCGCUUCGUCCUCGCUCUCCAGCAACUCGGUGGUCCUCAAGUGGCAACUCCAAAGCAGAUCAGAGAACUGAUGAACGUCGAUAAUCUCACCAACGACGAAGUAAAAAGCCACCUCCAGAAAUACAGAUUACACAUAAGGAAGAUGCCUAAUGCCUCAUCAACUGGCACCGACAAGGUAGUUAUAUCGUUGAGAGAUCUCUGGACUCACCCUGAGAACUGCAGUUCCUUGACAAACCGGAGCACUGUUUGUAUUCCCCAAUCUGGCUCUCCUCAAAGUCCACUUCAGUUGGCCAUCUCCGGCGGAACCGGCGGAGAUAGCUGCGAGGAAGAUGACCGGAAGUCGGAGAGAAGCUUUAACUGGAGAUCCUGAACAAAAAUUUACAGCUGAAGCUUAGAAAUCUGAGAAGUGCGGUUGGAAGAGAGGAUUGCUGUAGAUGUUCUAGUAUGUUUUGUGGCUCUACAAUAUACAUUUGGAGCAAGAUUAAUAUUAUGGAGAAGAACAAGAGCAAUUUUGCCCAAAUUUUUGUUUUGCAUGGAAAGAAAGAAAGAAAGAAAGAAGAAAGUAAAAGAGCAUCUCACAUAUUUGUCAUUUUAUUAGGAAUAAAAAUGAAGAGGGGCUUAGCUUAACGGUAAAAUGAUAUUGUGUGAUCCGAAGUUCAUGGAUUCAAGGAAGUCAUGAAAACAAUCUCUAGAAUAAUAUUAUGUACGAUAAAUCCUUUUUCGAGAUCCUUAUUAGCAGGAGUUUUGUACAUUAGACGAAUCAUAAAAUUAACCUCCGUGUUUAGUUUUUCA